AUUUUCAAAUUUUAUAAGAUUAUAAUUAAGAUUAAAAUACUUUAUAUUUUAUAUAUUGUAUUAUUAGGAUAAAACAAUAUGAUUCCAAGAAGUAUUAAAAUAUCAGAUAGUGAAACGGAGAGUGAUGAAGAUUUUUCUUCUACGGAAAAGUACUCAGAAACAACUAGAUGUUACACACAGGACAAUUUAUCAGAAAACAUGAAUACAUUUAAUCAACAUGAAGAUACAAAAAGAGAUAUUGAUAAAGAAAAAAUUAAUGAACAUGAGAUGAUAAAUGCAUGUUCAAUGGGUCAAUUAGAGAUUGUAAUUAAGUAUCUUGAAUCAAAUGAUAUAAAUAAGUUUUUGCUUAACGGAUGGACUCCACUUUUGUAUGCUACUGUUAAUGCACAAAUAAAAAUCAUUGAGUAUCUUAUAAACAAUGAAGUUGAUGUUAACAAGCAUAAAGAUGGCUAUACACCAUUAAUGGCAUUAUGCAAUUCUAUUAAAGAAACAACAGAACAACGUAUAAAGUGUUUAACAGUAUUAAUUGAAGCAGGUGCUGAUCCAAAUGCAAGCAAUAAAUUAAGACAAACUCCUUUAAUGUUUGCUUGUAAGUCACAAGAAGUAGAAUUUAUAAUAGAACUAAUAAAAUAUGUAAAAAAUAUUAAUGCAUUUGACAAUAGAAAACAAACUGCAUUGAUGUAUGCAACAAUAGCUAAUAAACCAGAAAUAGUUAAAAUAUUAAUAGAAAAUGCAGCAGACAUCACAUUGGCUGACUUUAAUAAGUUAACUGCAUAUGAUAUAGCUUCUAUGAAAGGAUAUGAUAAAAUUUUGUCAUUAUUAAAUUUUAAUGAAGAAGAAUCAACAAAUAUUUAUAAUCUAUCUAAAAUAUACAAUUGGAAAGAUAUUUUUCCGUCAUUAAUUAAUAUAGAUAAUCAAACUGUAGAUACUGAUGUAGAUACACUUUUAUAUGGAAUGAGUUUAGAAAAAUAUGCUCAUAUCUUUCAAGGUAUAAAUCUUAAGACAUUUUUAACGUUAAAUGAAAACGAUUUAUGUCGUUUAGGAAUGGAUAUUAAUGCACAUAGAAUGCAAUUUAUAGAAUGCCUUGAUAAAUUUCAUAGGAAAAAAUGGAGUAUACAAAGUAUUGGUGCAGUCAAUAAAUCGCUACCUUAUACAUUAUAUAAUGGCGUAAUUUCAUUAGGCAUAUUAUCCAAACAAAUUGCUAUCAUUGGUUCUAGUUUUCGGCAUAUUAAAAAUAGUUUAAUAAAGAUAAAUAGUGAAAAUGUACACUUAACUAAGUUGCAAAUAUCUAAUUAUGAGCAAGAGCUUAAAAAGACACAAAAAACACUUAAUAUUCUGAAAAAUGAACUUAUGCAAAUAAAAGCACUUUCUAAAAAGAUUGAGAAAGAAAACGAUAUUGGUAUACCAGCAAUUUAUAUUGGACCAAAGAAACGUAACAUAAAUUGGCCUGUGUUCUUAAGCAUUACACUAAUUGUAGGGAUAUAUGUAUCUAAAACAAUACAUAUUCAGAAAUUAAUAUAUCAUUGAAAAUAUCAUUCUUAUAUAUUUGCUUUUUUUAAGUUAUUCAUGCAGAAU